AGUUCGCUACUGCCUACCGGCCCUACUACGAUAUUUGAAUAUUACUAAUAUUAGGUAUUUAAAAAGUACUUCAAUUUGAAAAUAAUAAUUAAUAUAAAUACCAUAAUAUUGCAGUACUAAUAAUACUAUACAAUCUGUAUUCUUUACUUUUAGUAGAACAUUUCUAAUAUGGAAUAAUAACAUUUGUUACAUAUUACAAUUGGUUUGCUCAAUAGAAGACAAAUGGAUUAUAAUGAAGUCAAAGUUAAUCUAAGGAAAUUUGGUUUUCCACUUUCUACUGAAAAUGCAUUAAAUCAAAUACAGACCAUUAUUAAUGGUGAGACAUCGCGGAAACAACAUUUAAAUGAAGAUCUUGCAAUGGAUUUGAUAUCAGAGUUUAUAUUUUGUGAAACCAAUGAAGAAGGAAAAUCUACUAAGCCAAUGUCUCGAAUUAGGUAUUUAGAACUUCUAGUAAUGAUUUGUGAAUACUUCAAUAAGACAAAAAUUAAACCAGAUAAUGAUAAUUGUUGUGGAGAUACAGCUCUCAAUGCUAUAUUUAUGACUUUGUUCCCACAAUUUGGUGCACCACCUCAGCGAUCUAAUAUGUUAGUGAGCUUAGUGUCAUUGGCUAUAUCUACUUACUCUAAUCUCAUACUCCAAUCUGCUGGUGUACAAAUGCAACAAUUGGGUUGUUCGUCUAAGUACAGCUCUCAGUUAGCUGAUGGACUUGUAAAAAAGUUUUUUACUUUUAUAAGUUCUAACAGUCCAUCAUUACAUUUAUUACCGCAAAAUGCUCCAUUAUUUACUGCCAAUUUGAUGACUUCACUAUCAGAACUUUAUUUUAAUACAAAAACUACCGACACAAGUAUAAUUAUCAAAGAGCCACCUCGUAUUAUAUUAGAAACUGUUGUGCGGUGGAUCAAUUCUGAUCCUUGUUUAUGUUUUACCGCACAUUACACAGAUUUACAACGAGCAUUACCGAGUGGUGCAAUUCCAAUGGCAGCUACAUUACCUUUCUUAGGAUUGUUCAGAUGGUGUUUCUUUGCUCCACUUUGUGUGAAAAAUAAUAAAGACUUAGAACUGUAUUCUGAACUCCAUUGUGCAUUGAUUGAAAGUGUUAUGCAAGGUUGGAAAGUAUAUUCAGAACAAAAUCCGAGAGUCAGCCGUCCUUAUACUCUGAGUGUACAUUCUGUAAUACCUCAACAAUUAAAAGACCUUAUUGAAGAGACCAUUAAGUAA